CGCGCCGCUCGCGUUUCUUAUCCGUGCCCGGGUCAGCGCUUGCUUUCGUUCCCAGGCUCUGGCCUCCGGCCCAGAGCCAGUUCCUCGGGCCUAGUGGCUUCGGGAGGCGGAGAGGAGGGACCCCGGGAGAGGACCGCGCCGGAGGAGCAGCCCCCGGCCCGGAACCUCGGGAGCCCGGGGCCGGUCAGCGCGUCCCGACGGGGUCCACCGUUUACAGUCUACGAUUUUUCCAAGAGCAGCAGAAAAUGAAUGAAUCCCAGGGGCCGGUGUCAUUCACGGACGUGGCCGUGGACUUCACCCAGGAGGAGUGGCAGCAGCUGGACCCUGAUGAGAAGACAACCUACCGGGACGUGAUGCUGGAGAACUACAGCCACCUGGUCUCCGUGGGGUACGACAGCACCAAACCGAACGUGAUCCUCAAGUUGGAGCAGGGAGAGGAGCCUUGGGCAGCAGAUGGCGAGUUCCCGCGGCAGUCUCACCCAGAAGAAGUCUGGAAAGUUGAUGACCUGAUGGAGAGAGCCCAAGAAAAUAAAGACGAAUGUUCAAGGCAAGCUGUUUCUAUCAACAGCAGAACCCUGACUGAGGAGAGAGAGGUUGCAUUUGAUAAAACUUAUAACAUGGAAAUAAGGCUUGUUCCUUCAAACCUAAUGUCUCAUAAUUGUGUCUCAUGUGGAAAGACUUUGGGAUCUACUUCAGAGUUAAUUAUUAGUGAUGGAAGCUAUGCAAGAAAGAAACCUGAUGAGUGUAGUGAAUGUGGGAAAACAUUUCAUGGAGAGAAACUCUAUGAAUUUCAUCAGAAUGGGGAAGCCUUUUCUCAAAAUGAAGAAAGUAUUCAGAAAAUUAGUAUUUUGGAGAAACCCUUUGAAUAUAAUGAAUGCAGAGAAGCCUUAGACAAUGAAGCUGUUUUCAUUACUCAUAAGAGAGCUUAUAUGGGGGAGAAGCCCUAUGAUUGGAAUGAUUCUGGAUCAGGCUUCAUCCAGAUGUCAAGUUUUAAUGUAUACCAGAGAUCACAGAUGGAAUUGAAGCCCUUUGAAUGCAGUGAGUGUGGAAAAUCCUUCUGUAAAAAGUCAAAAUUCAUUAUACACCAGAGGGCUCACACAGGAGAGAAACCUUACGAAUGUAACGUAUGUGGGAAAUCCUUCAGCCAAAAAGGAACCCUCACCGUACAUCGGAGAUCACACUUAGAGGAGAAGCCCUAUAAAUGCAAUGAGUGUGGGAAAACAUUCUGUCAGAAGUUACACCUCACUCAACACCUGAGGACUCACUCAGGAGAGAAACCCUAUGAAUGUAGUGAAUGUGGGAAAACCUUCUGCCAAAAGACACAUCUCACCUUACACCAGAGAAACCAUUCAGGAGAGCGACCGUAUCCAUGUAACGAAUGUGGGAAAUCCUUCUCCCGCAAGUCAGCCCUCAGCGACCAUCAGAGAACGCACACAGGAGAGAAACUUUAUAAAUGUAAUGAAUGUGGGAAAUCCUACUACCGAAAAUCCACCCUUAUUACACAUCAGAGAACACACACAGGAGAGAAACCCUAUCAGUGUAGUGAAUGUGGGAAAUUCUUUUCUCGGGUGUCAUACCUCACUAUCCAUUACAGAAGUCAUUUAGAAGAGAAGCCCUAUGAAUGCAAUGAAUGUGGCAAAACCUUCAAUCUAAACUCAGCCUUCAUUAGACAUCGGAAAGUACACACAGAUGAGAAACCCCACGAAUGUAGUGAGUGUGGAAAGUUCUCAUAUCUCACCGACCAUCACACAACUCACUUGGGAGAGAAACCCUAUGAAUGUAGUGAAUGUGGGAAAACCUUCCUUGAAAAUUCAGCCUUCGAUGGGCACCAGUCACUUCCCAAAGGGGAAAAGUCCUAUGAAUGUAACAUAUGCGGGAAAUUGUUCUCUGAGCUGUCGUACUAUACUAUACAUUAUAGAAGUCAUUCAGAAGAGAAGCCCUACGGAUGUAACGAAUGUGGGAAAACCUUCUCCCAUAACUCAUCCCUCUUUAGGCAUCAAAGAGUCCACACAGGAGAGAAACCCUAUGAGUGUUAUGAAUGUGGGAAGUUUUUCUCUCAGAAGUCUUACCUCACUAUACAUCAUAGAAUUCAUUCAGGAGAGAAGCCCUAUGAAUGUAGUAAGUGCGGGAAAGUUUUCUCCCGGAUGUCAAACCUCACCGUACACUAUAGAAGCCAUUCAGGAGAGAAGCCCUAUGAAUGUAACGAAUGUGGGAAAGUCUUUUCUCAGAAGUCAUACCUCACUGUGCAUUAUAGAACUCAUUCAGGAGAGAAACCCUAUGAAUGUAAUGAAUGUGGGAAAAAGUUCCACCACAGGUCAGCCUUCAAUAGUCAUCAGAGAAUUCACAGGAGAGGGAAUAUGAACGUACUUGACAUGGGAAUGCUCCUCUGAAGUCAGAUCUCAUUUUAGAAAACCCUCUGCACAUAAUGAGUAUGGGAAGUCAGUCGGGAGUCAGAUAUCACUGUCUGAGAGUUCAUGUUUCUGAAUGAGGAAAAGCAUUUAGGUGUUAGAUUUAUUCUAAUCUGAAUUUUCAUAGAGAAGAAUCCCUAAAACUGCAACAAGAAGCAAAGCCUUCAGCAAGACCCUACAACUCAUUGGACACUAGACAGUUUAUUCAAGAGUGAAACUCUAUAAAUAUUUAAUAUUUAUUUUCGAUUCCAAUUGUAUUCACAUAUCAGGGAAUCAUACCAAGGCGAAACCUGUCAAAGUGAUGAAUGUGGAAAAUACGUUGUCUUGGAAAUUGUUAUACUAAAAGCCAUAUUUCUGAUAUAAAAUCAGAUGUUUUUAGGAAUGAUAUCAGAAGCUAUCAGCUCUGAAUAAAUCUUCAUUGCAGAAAAUGAAGUUUUAAAAUCUUCUGGAGUUGAUUAUGAAGAUUGUAGCAUUAAAUAUGUAUAUGGUGGUUUCUAUCACGUUUCCAAAAUGUGAUUAAUUCUAUGCAACUCUAUGCAAGUUUGGAUUUGAAUAAUUUGUGAAAAGGCAGUAUUCUUAUUUGAGUAUUAAGAUGGCAAAAUGUACUAAUGUAGGAUAUAUUGUUGGUGAGGUGUUUGAUAGGUACAGAAUAGUUAAAUACAUAGUUUUCUGUUCUUUAGAGGCAUUUACAAAUGGUUUUUAAUGAGUGCUUCAUCAAGAGAGGAACCAGUGACUUUUGUAAAGUUUCCAACUGCAUUUGAGCAAAAAAGACUUAAAAAUACUAUUUUCAUAAACUAUGCAUAGAUGAUUUGGAAUCUAGUCUGUUCAGUGAAGGAUGGCUGUACUGCUCAUGCUCUAUAACAUAGGCCCAGCUCUCCUACCACUCUUGUUUUUUAACCCAUAGGUUUGAGUGUGCAGUAUGCCACUAUUUUGUAAUUCAGAAGUUUUACCUGUGCUUUUAUUUGAUACGAAUACAGUGUCAUUAUUUUGUGCACUGCCUCUUAUUCGCAGUAUUUUGGAACAAAUUAAUGCAAGCUUCUAACAGACAUUUUUUGUUGAUUAACCUCAGUGUCCUUCCUCUCCUCUUUACUUGCUGGGAUAGUUUAGGAAUCUACUAUUCACAAGACACGGAGGGUAAAUCCUGAGUAAUCUAAACCAGUCAUGCUAAUUUCAUGAUCACCAGUAACUCGUUUAUGGUGGUCACAUGACCAAAUCCUAGGCUAACA